AUGGCGCUGACGGUGACGGACGAGAUCUGUGACGGGAAGCCUCGGCUUCUGGUGAAUUGGUCCAAAACGAAGAGAAAUCAAGUGCAAGAAUAUUACGAGCCCAAUGACAGGGCUGAAAUUCAACGCAUUAUACAGAUCAAUCAGGGGCGGAAAAUUCGACUCCUGGGUUCCAAUAUGUCGCCGAAUGGGAUUGGUCCGGGUAGCAAUAAGGGUAUUGCCCUGUCCACGAUUCGACUGAACCAGAUCCUGGACUUGGAUGGAAACAACCAAUUAGUUCGAGUGGAGCCGGGCGUGAAGAUCGAACAACUCCUCGAAUUUCUUGCCAAAUCCAAAUUAACUCUCCAUAAUUUGCCCUCCACCAAUGGCAUGACCAUCGCUGGAUUAGUUCAGACCAGUUGCCAUGGCACCGGCCUUCAUUUGGCCACGCUCGAAGAGGCUUUAACGGAGAUAAAGGUCAUCAACGCCAAAGGGGAUGAAGUGAUCCUCACCGAGGCAAACAACGGUAUCUUGUUCCACUCUGCCAAGUGCUCUUUGGGAACGUUUGGAGUGAUCGUGGAACUCACCCUGAAAUGCGUUCCAUCAUAUUAUUUAAGGGAAACGCUGAAGGUCAUGUCUUUGCCAGAGGCCCGAUCCGAUCAUGAGCAAAGGAUCGAGACCAUCAAGCACGUUAAAUACCAUCAUUUACCAUACACAGGCCACGUGGUAGUCUACGAAUACCAAGAGAUUUCUCAUGCCGAUUACUUGGAACAAGUCGCAUCCUCGAAUGUUCCAAUUGCACCCGAGGAGCAAAAGGCCUCCUUACUUCAGAUGUACUACGACUCCUUCAAGACCGACCUGAACCACUCGACCUAUUGCGAGUUUGUGGAGGAAUACAAGGCCAAGUCUUUCGCUGACCUUCGUGAAGCUCUAUUGAGGAAGGAUGUUCUCAAUCCCGAUCACAUUAAGGCGGUGAACCACGCUGAGUUGGAUUUUUGGAAGAAGUCACAACAUUCCAUCGUCGAUCAAAGUAAUAAACGUUUGAUCUUCGAAUGUGGAGGACGACAGCAUGUCCGAGAGUUCGCGUUUCCCAUUGAAGCACCCAUGCAAGAGCUGGAUUUGGUCGACGAGAUCUUAGAUCUGAUUCAAACCCAACGCAUCCCAGCUCCAGUUCCAAUUGAACAGCGCUGGUCAUGUGGAAGCCAAUCCUUGUUGAGUCCCGUUUAUGCUGAGACGAACCCUGCCACGUCCAAAUUCUCUUGGGUGGGCAUCAUCAUGUACUUGACAAAAAAUGAGGACCUCAACCGCAGAAUCUCGGAAGCUUUUGAGGCGUAUUACGGCCAGAUUGUGGAGACCCUAGGAGCCAAAUAUCAAUUGGAUGAACAUUUGGCCAAAAUUGGGACAAUUGAGGGGCAAAAUGAGGGCUUCAUGAGAUAUCGCUCCAAUCGGCUGAGUUCUCGACUAAAGCGCUUUAACCAGCAAAGGGAAGAAUUUGAUCCUCAAGGAAUGUUCCUGUCUGAGGCUGCAGCAGAGAUCCUACAAUAA